UGGUACCGUCUUGUAACGUCAAGUGUGCGAACUGUCGUGAAAGCACAUUGACGCAGAAAUAAAUAAGCAGUGUCAUUAUUUGUCCUCCAGUUUGGAAAUAUUAAUGUCAUAUAAAUUACAUAUUUAAUUAUUUAUUCAAGGAUAAAAUCGUCUCGGUGCGCGAGAUGCACUUUGCUGCUUCUUCUGCUCGUUUAUUGUUAGUUAGCUUAGCUCGAUAGUUAGCUUAGCUUGUUAGCUGCUAACAGAAGACACAGAAGUUAUCAACACAUCGCUAAGUAGAGAUCAAGUGUGAGAGUAAAGUGUUGUGAUUGUGUGAAAAUGUCUACAUUACAAAUGUUGAGAGCGUUGGUGGAUCAGCGACUAACUGCUGCCGUUGAAGAAAUAUUUGUAGUGUUAGAAAGAACGAUAGCAGAAUACGAGGCGGAACUUUCUAGAACAAAAGAGGAGAACAUUCGACUACGGGACGCUGUUUUCAAGAAACAUCAAGUUGUGUUACACAGAACAGACCUCGAUGAAGAACAUCAUCUCUAUGAGCAGGAGGAGGAACCACAGCCCCUCCACAUUAAAGAGGAAGAAGCGGUACCACGGCCCCCCCACAUUAAAAAGGAAGCGGUGAAGCCACAGUCUUCCCACAUUAAAAAGGAAGCGGUGGAGCCACAGUCUUCCCACAUUAAAGAAGAAGCAGCGGAACACAGCAUCAGUCAGGAGGGAGAGCAUAUUGAAGCACUGGUGGAGUUCCCAGUGACUGGUGUCCCUGUGAAGAGUGAAGAUGAUGAGGUCAAAGGUGAAAGUGAGGAGAAGAGAGAGGCGGAGCCUCCAAGCAGCAGCUCAACACAACACAUGACAACAGAAGCUGAUGGAGACCACUGUGGAGGAUCACAAGCAGACAAGCUCUUAGCUCCACUAUCAGAUAGUGAGGACACAACGUCACACUCUCCUGACACUGAUGAUGAACACUCUAAAGAUGAUAAGACAUGUCACACUGACAACACUCGCUUGAAAUGUUCUCACUGUGACAAAACCUUUAAGUACCAUUGUCAUCUGAAAACCCACAUGAGAACGCACACUGGAGAGAAACCUUUUUCUUGUUCAAUCUGUGGUUUAUCUUUUACAAGGAAGGACAUUAUGAAAGAGCACACAAGAACACACACAGGAGAAAAACCUUUUUCGUGUUCUGUGUGUGAUUCAAGGUAUGUACGAAGUCAAGAUUUGAAAAAACACCUGAAAAGACACACUGGGGAAAACCUUUUUAAGUGUUCUGUGUGUAAUUCAAGUUUUGUCCGAGGUGAACAUUUGAAAACCCACAUGAGAACACACACUGGAGAAAAACCUUUUUCUUGUUCAAUCUGUGGCUUAUCUUUUACAAGGAAGGUCAGUUUGAUGGAUCACACAAGAACACACACUGGAGAAAAACCUUAUUCAUGUUCAUUCUGUGGUAAAUGUUAUCCAAGGAGGUACCAAUUGAAUUCUCACAUGAGAAGACACACUGGAUUGAAACCUUUUUCGUGUUCAGUGUGUGAUUCAAGUUUUGUUCGAAGUCGAGAUUUAAAAAAACACAUGAAAAUUCACGCUGGGGGGAAAAAUGUUGAGUUGCAGUGUGUGUGAUGAAAGAUUCUCUCAUGAGUACCAACUUAACAAACACGAGUGUGCUGGUGAGAACAGCAGCAGUAAAAUAAAAAAAAGGCUGCGCAGACCUCCACCAGGCCAAAUCUCCCAAUAAAAUCUGUUGAAUCCAGAAGGUGGUUAGGUUUAACGCCAACAUUUAAUGACAUGUUCCUUAUCCCAUUUCUGACAUGUCCUGAAAGUUUCAUUGACAUGCGACCAUACUUCAUUUUGUUAUGUUAUUAACUGACAAUCAAACAAACCCCAAAUCACUUUUAGCUACUUUUCAAUUACUUCAAUAGCAAACAUAUAAAUAUGUUUCUUAGUUACACAUCCUGGAAAAGAACAUCCACACAACAGUUUAUAUGUAUUAUUCAUUCUUACUAAUACUUUUAGUCAUGUACUAACACAUCAAUUUGUACUUCUGCUAAUAUUUAAGAAGUGAUGAUGAUGUUAUGGUUCAGUGUGCCCCUUCACAGGCUUGCUGUCUCCAAAACAAGUCUCCACCAUGGUGGUGCCAGCGGUCCUACUACUUGUACUUGUACACUAUACAAUAUAAUUAUGCACACCUUUUGUAAGAUAGACAUUUUUGUUUGUACUAGCAAUUUGAAACCAGCGCUAUAUCUUUUGCAUGUGACCUUGUCAAAUAAAAUAUCUGUUUUUUAUGA